UCGUGGAAAAGCACUGGCUGGCGCAGAGCGUUUCAAGGGAGAGGCUCGGCCAGUAUUUCCCGUUUAAAGAUUUUGUCGAUAUCGACUUGAGAGUUGUGUGCGGGUACCAGUCCGUGGGGAAGGUGUCUCAGUAUGUUGCGUUAUUGAUAAUACGCGGAAGUGUGUGACAGUGUGUAACGCGGCGUGUGUGUACGUGUGCGUGCGCGCGUGUGUGACGGGAAUCGGCGCUCCUUCAGCAAGCAAUAUGGCCCCCAAAGACCCUCUACUGGGAACACUGAAAGUGUGUAUCCUGAAUUUACAGUCAUUUGGAGAAAUAGUGACGGACAGCAACCCACACCUGGCCUCCUGUUGCGAGCUGCUUGAACUCGUUCUCAGGAAAGGACUCCAUCAGCCGGUGCUUAGCCUGGUACACAGAGACUACUGGCAGUGUUUUGAACAGCUGCCCCAACAAGACACCUGUGGCAGGCUGUGUGCUGUGUCUUUGGCUGUUGAGCAGACCAAAGUAUGCAGGAAGCUCCUCACAGCUCAGGGCCGCGGUCGCUAUCUCCUCAGGCUAGCCCUCAGCCGCAAGACCUUGCAGCAAUUCAUCACACACCUACUGCACACACCAAGAAUCAUAGAGUGGUACAGCCCUGCUGUCUCAAUCCUUAGGAGCGAGGAAUUUGUUGAACCUUUCAUUUCAUUGCUGCGGGUUCUCUCUCAGAUGGAGUUCAAACCGAACAUGGAGAACUGCAGUUUUCUGGACGAGAGCUGGCUCCUUCCAGUGUGUGAAAUGUAUGAGACGGUACCCUGUCGGGAACUAGGAAUGGUACUAAGGUACAUAAGUGGACGUGUCUUUGUCCUGGAGCUGCUGCCAGGUAGUCAGGCUCAGGCAGACAAGUUCAUCUGUCCGGGUGAUGUCAUUGAUGAGAUCAAUGGAGUCUCCCUGAGAAACUCCAGGACUGGGCAGGCUGGUGUGGUGCUAUCACAACUUAGGGGUCACCCCCUGUCCAUCCGUGUGCUACGAUGGAGAGAUGGGAAUGGUGCUAUGUAUCAGCCACUCAUCAAACUCCUGCGGGCCCUGCAAGUGGAGAACCCCACUCUGCAGCUUGGGCCCUUUUCUCCUUGCUCUUCUUCUUCACAGCAGCCAGCGAGUGAGGACAAACGGCCUUCUCCGUCACAAUGUCUCAUAGAGGGAAGGAUUGUGUACAUUGUGCAGUUCUUGGGAAAGGCAAACAUUGGAAUGUGUGGUAGCACGGAAGUGUUGCAGCAUGCAAUUCCACAAGUCCUACAGAAGAACUUGCCUAUUAAGGAAGUCCUCUUGGACAUGAAAGAAACACAUCUGACGUGUAUAGAAAAAAACAGUAAAACGGAGCUUUUCCAGCAUCACUAUCCAGAGAUCUCAUGUGUAGGGAGGUAUGGUCAGCCAGACUAUACCAUAUUUGCAUUCUGCGUUGUAGACUACCCAGAAACCCCCCACUCAACUGGAUUCUGCUGCGUGGCACUCAGAGCCGGCAAUGUUCACGAGUGCAAAGAGAUCAUUUGCCGCAUUGCUACUGGUUUCAAGCACACAGAACUGUUUGUAUGACAAGGAAUCACUGGAGAUCACCUUGUGUCAAACAUGCGUUUCUGUAAUCUCACUCAGCCAAUGCUGUUUUGUAUAUAAACAAUACCCAUGUCAAUAAAAAUGGAG